GCCAAGGGAGAAAACUUUAUUCUUUCUGGUUUACCCGUGUAAUUAAUUCCGGGAAUCCGUCCAGUGACCGUGUUUCAUUCCCGUCACCUUUUCCAUCUCCCAAAGUUUUUCGGUCAGCCAUAUUAUGGUAAGAAAACCCUCAUCACUGUCAACAUUUUUCCGACGAUAUUUUCCGGAGACUUUUCUGGUGACUUUUUCCGGCGAUAUUUUCUGACAUCGACCACAUCAUUAGGAGCGCAAAGAGGAGAUCUGCAACUUUUCUCAAAGCACCGGAGCUAAAAACAGAUCCACGGGCCUCCCAUGCGCCGUUUUUCUCCGACGGCCUGAAUCGCACGCGCUGGCGUGUGAGGAUGCGUGACCCACUUUUUGGUGCCGAGCUUCUACCAGCAGGCUCGUCCGGCGCCGUCUUGCACUUCUAAGCCUCCGUCAGUCCUCUCUGAACCCUGCUUCUCCAUUUUUUUGGCAUUUCAGCUUCUACAGGUCUUCUUUCAGCCUCCUCGGGCCUCCGACGGUAGCUCUCUUCCUUGGCCGAGACCUGUGUGUGCCUUGGGAAGGCCUCUUCUUCAUCUCUAGUCACUUUUCUCCUUUGUUUGGGUCUUGACAUACUGGGUUCUUCUUCCACAGCUGUGAUUCGACCUCCCUUUAGGGCUCUCUUUGAUCCAAACGUGAUUCAAUCUCAGGUGAAGUGGAUAUGGCGACUAAAAAUCCUAUUUUCACAUCCGUCAUCUCUGGAUCUCCCACUAUCACAUCGGAAAAAUUGAUUGGUAGUGAGAAUUAUCUCUCCUAGUCAGCAUUCGUGGAACUCUGGUUUAUGGGACAAGGUUAUGAGGAUCAUCUUGUUACACCUGAGGAUGCUAUACCUGAUGUUGACAAAGUGCAAUGGAAGAAAAUCGAUGCACAAUUAUGCAGCGUAUUAUGGCAAUCUGUUGAUCCCAAAAUUUUACGUCAUCUUCAUGCCUACAAAACCUGCUUUAAAUUUUGGACUCAAGCUCAAGGAUUAUACAUGAAUGAUAUUCAACGAUUUUAUAAGGUGGUUUUUGAUAUUGUUCAUGUGAGACAGUAGGACAUGGAUCUGUCUACUUAUAUUGGCCGGAUUGCGUCUCUUAAGGAGGAGUUCUUAACUUUGAUGCCCUUCACUAAUGGUGCUGAAACUCAACAAAUACAGACUGACAAGUUUUUUAUGGUGUUAACCCUUAUUGGCCUCCGUCCAGAUCUUGAGUCUGUCCGAGAUCAGAUUCUUGCUAGUCCAAUAGUACCAUCAUUGGAUGAUGUGUUCGCUCGUCUCUUACGCCUCUCCUCUACUCAGACCUUGUCGACUGAUGGUCCUUCAGAUUCAUCUGUGUUAGCCUCUGAGACUAACUCUCGAGGAGGACGUAGUGGCAAUCGGGGUCGAGGACAACGUCCUCAGUGCACCUAUUGUAAUAAGCUUGGUCACACUCGAGAUCGUUGCUAUCAGUUACAUAGACGGCCUCCUUGCACUGCCCACAUCGCUCAGUCAUUUGAUCCUCUGCUAUCUCAACCUGACUCUGCUGCGAGCUCCACAUCUCAGAGUAUCACCCUUACUGGUAGUGAUUAUGAUGCCUAUCUCCGAUAUCGGGCAGCCACAUCAGCUUUUGUUGCUUCUGUUGCCUCUGUUGCCCAAACCAGACCGGAGUACGGGGAAGUCAAUUGGCAUAGGGCGUAAGUCUUAAGGCCUCUAUCACCUCACAUCACCUUCAUCUCCUGCAGCUUGCAUUUCCACCGAUGCUCCUCUUCUCAUUCACAGUCAUCUAGGUCAUCCUAGUCUCUCUAAGUUCCAGAAGAUGGUCCCUCAUUUUUCCACUUUGUCGUCGCUUGCGUGUGAGUCGUGUCAGCUUGGGAAACA